GAUAUCUAAAUUUUUUAAUAAAUAUUGAAUAAAGAUUGAACUACUAAUUGUUAGAAAUUGUAUUUACCGCGGAAGUAAUCAAUGCGCCCUCAUAUUUUCUGGUAUAAUUAUUACUUUUUCUAUUGAUUAAUCAUCUUUAUCCAUUAUUCGAACGUGUCUAGUGUGUUUUCGUGUACACUUGGAUUAUUGUAAUAGUUGUUUAAAACAUGUACUGUGCUUUGGUAGUAUCAUUUAUUGAUCCUUUCGAUAAGUUAUGAGCUCAUUCAAGAUUAAUAUGUAAAAAGUUGAAGAAAUGAUGUAAAUAAAAUAAAACUAAAAAUUAACCUCAAAACUUGAGCUUAACGGACACUCCAAUAUAUCGAGAAAUUAAACGAAUUAAAUCAUAAAUUGGAAAUUAUAAUUGAAAGUGUAUUAAAUUGUAAUGAUUCAUGAUAUUACAGAAGUGGAACUCAAAUAAAAAAUGAUCAAAAAUAGGUUGAAUUGAUAAGAACGAAAAAGGACUUGCAUGGAUCCCAUUACCGCCAUCAAAGAACCAAAUGAAGAAAAGUAAAGUAUCAAGCAAUACAAAAAUUAAAUUAAGAAAACAAUUAAAGGGUAUACAUGAGUCAAAAGAUCCACCAAGAAAGGAAAAAAGAAAAGUAGUUAUGUACAAACAAGUUGUACAAUCCAACGAUAGAACCUAAUUAAAAUAUGAUGGAGCACGCAAAUAAUAAUGUAAUAAAUUAUAGAGCAAAAUAACUUAAAGGAACUAGUAUAUAAAUUUCAGAUUCUUUCUAUUGUUUUAUCAGAUUCAGUUUCUUUGAAGAGAGUUGCAAGAGGUUAAUCUAUAGUCGCUAUUGAAAGAGGAUCAAAAUUAUCUUUUGGAAUAUCAUGUUAAAAUAUGAAAAGACGAAGAGAGAAAAUGUUGAUAGAAAAAAAUUGAUCUGUACCAUGAUUGUACAGCUAAUCGACUAAAUGUUUUGGAGAGUAUCAUAUUGAUUAGUAACUCAUAAAGUUUUGUCGGAGCAUGUGAGACAGAAUCUGAUAAAUUUUCCUGUAGUUAAAUAGACUCGUAUAAUUGAAUUCAUAAAUUGUAAUCUUUGUCUUUUUUCUCCGUUUAAAAAAAAAAGCUAGGUAUGAAGGGUGUUAAGUAAAAUACUAAAACAAUUAAUUCUUUCAAGAAAUGUGUUACGUUUGUCUUACUUCCUUUUAUGGACUUUUUUAUUUAACUUUGCAAGACUUGCUACAUUUUGGAAUGAAAAUGAAAGCAUCCUGUUUCACUUUAAUUUAUAGAAAGAUGGUCAGAUUGGCCAGCUUUGUUUUUGUAAGUGCAACAUCUGGUCUGGACAAAUAAGAAAUAUUAAUCUUUCCCUAAUUUGUUUAAUGGAAAAUUUAAUAGACUGAAAGUUUAUUUAAAAACAGAAUAAACAAUAACAAGAACAAUAAUACCUACUUUUUGUUUUUAUUAUUUCUAAACUAAUUUAAUUAUAACUAUAUAUAAUAUAAAACUAAAUAAACUAUAUAUAAUAUAAAAUAAAAAUAAAUAAUAUAUAUACUAUAUAUAUUAUAAUUAAUUAUUUAUAGAUUGUAUAAUUAUAAAUGAAAUUAUAAAUGAUAUAUGAAAUAAGAUCUGAUAAGAAUGAUCAAAUAAGUCUACUGAAUAAAAUAAUAAUAAUAAUUUAUGAAACAUAAGAAAUGUUAGAUUGUUGCAACAACGUAUAUUGACUUUUUCAAAUGUUUAAUAUCCUGGGUAAUAACACUAACAAAUUAGAUCAUAUAUAAUAUACAGUAUUCAUUAUAUGUGGAUUUAUCCAGUCCAAGUAUUAAUCAUCACCUGUAUUAUAUAUCAGCAAUUGGGACCAGCUCCAUUUCCUGUUUUAAUUGCAUUUCUGUUUUCGAUUUCCCAUGAAGAUGAGUAUGUUUUUCUUAGAAAAAGAUUCUUCGUAUAUUAGUGAUAAGUUAACAGGCUUCUGUUAACAGACUUUUGCUUGCUCGCUCAGAUAGAACAUUGGUCGUAGUAUGAAUAAAUUUCGUUAGCAAUAAACUAUUCAGAUCUGCUAAUUGAACGUUCAUUUCCUUGCGAUGAUAAGAGUAAUUGAAAAAAGAAUAAACUUGAAUGGUGAAUAAAGACGCAGACCGAUCCUGUUGACAUAGCGAAGAUGAAAAUGACUAGAUUAACAGGUUGAAUGCCACGGGGGUCAUCGGUGACCGACACUUAACUUGGCUGUGACGCCAUGGGGGCAACCGGUGACCGGCGUGUCCAGAUUGAAAAAAAAUAAAAAAUUUAGACAAAUGACAAAACUUAUAAUUUUUUAUUAUUAUCAUCGUUAAUGUAGUAGUGUGAAGAAAUGAAUGCAGUAUAAAACAUCUGAAAGUAGUUUUGAUGUUAAGAUGUGUCGUAUUGAAACAUUCUAAAUAAAGAAAGGAUGAACCAGCAUAUUCUUUACAAUAUGUCAUGACUUUUUUGCUACAGUUUUUUGCAAUUAUUCUUCCUAGCUUCUUUGAAUUUUUUUGGUAACAAAUUUUUCAAAACUUCGCACCGUUCGAGCUUUUCCCGGCAUUGCUUUUAAUUCAUGUCAUGGUUUUCUCAGCAAGCUUUCACGUGGAGAAAUGGAAACUUCAGCAUCUUUAUCACAACAUUUUGUUAAAUACAAUACAACUUUCAUUCUGAAGUCGAAAAUUUGAAUAUCUUUUCUUGUUAUCUGACUGAAUAAUAUCAUUGAAUUUAUCAUACAUGUAUUCAAUAACAGUUCUGUUGCUAAUUUUCUAUACCACUUUAAAGUUUUGCGUAUUGGUGAAUUAUAAGCUAUCAUUUGGUCUGAUAAAUCGACUGAGGAUUUUCCUAGAUUAUAUUCCACAACCAUUUUUGGUUUUUCACACGAAUAAAAUUUCUUAUGUACAGUAGUCAUUUCUGCCGAAUGUUUCGUUAAAAGCAUUAAUACGUCUCUCUUGUCUUUCCAUUUUAAUAUUGUUAUUCUGGAUUUAUUUUCGCGAGCAAUGAGUUCUCCACGUUUUAAUUUUUUGGAUAUUACUUCUACUGACUUUCCACGUCGAUUUUUCCGUAGUGUACCCAUUAAAUGUGUAUUCUUUCCUAUUAACUUUUCUGCCAGAUCAACAUUCGUAUAUCAGUUGUCUGUGCAAACAGUAUGCCCUUUACCCAAUAUAUUAGCUGGACCGGAAAGUAAUGUCGUUUCUGCGCAUGUCGAUAUUUGAUUGUCAUUUGUCAGCUCAUUGUGUACUUCGAAGUCGUGUCAAAGACAUUUUAAAGUUAUUGUGACUUGUUCACUUCUAAAUAAUUAAAUAUUAGAUUUUUUUUUGCAAUUUCGGAUGAAAUGACCAGCCAAAUACCAAAAGAGCAUAUCCGACAUUGUAUGCUUUUUGAGUUUCGCAACGGUAGUAACGCAACAGUUGCGAUCAAAAACAUUUGCGAUGUUUAUCCAAGUGCAUUAGACGUUCGUAAAUGCCAGAGAUGGUUCUCUAAGUUCAGAUCCGGUAAUUUUGAUCUCUCUGACUCCUACCGAUCAGGAAGACCAACAACAUUAGACAUGCUAAGGGCAGAAGUGGAAGCAAAUCCAUGUCAGAUAAUCGAGAAACUCUCAAACACCUUUAACCAAUCUUGGUCGACCAUCCAAGAACAUUUGCAGCAGAUUGGAAAAAUAAGCAGAGCAGGUGUUUGGGUCCCCCAUAAUCUGUCCAAAGAGAACAAAGCCAACCGAUCCAUCACAAGCAACGUAUUGCUUCAACGGCACCAUACAGAACCGUUUUUUGAUCGCUUGAUCACUGGAGACGAAAAAUGGGUCCUAUAUAUCCAAAACGCAAAAGGCAUUGGCUCUCUCCAAAUGAAUCACCACGAAGUACUGCGAAGCCGGAUUUACAUCCCAAAAAGACGCUUCUGUGUGUUUGGUGGAGUAUACAUGGAAUUGUUCAUUUUGAAGUGCUGAAACCUGGACAAACUGUUAAUGUAGAUCUUUAUUGUGAACAAUUGGAUCGAGUGAACCAAUUUUUAAUCGAAAAGUAUCCGGCGAUUGUCAACAGAAAAGGCGUUAUUCUAUAACACGACAAUGAGAGACCGCACUGUGCAAGACGAACCUUGGAAAAAAUUAAUGAAUUGGGAUGGGAGGUACUGCCUCACCCACCAUACUCGCCCGAUAUCGCACUCUCGGAUUUCCAUUUAUUCCGAUCGCUACAACAUUUUCUUAGUGGCAAAAAAUUUGAAAAUUUGGAUGAUGUCCAAAAUGCCAUCUCGAGAUAUUUUACUCAAAAACCAAUUGAUUUUUAUUGGUCCGGCAUUGAAAAUUUGCACAUUAGAUGGCAAAAGGUUGUUGAUAACAAAGGUGAUUACAUUAUUGAUUAAAAAUAAAAACUUGUUAAAAAUUUAUUCGUUUGAAUUUAAUUUAAGAAAGCGACAUUACUUUCCGGUCCAUCUAAUAUCUUUGCAAAGAGACAUUACAAUCUUGGACGAUACAGUUCCUGCUGUUUUAUCUCUAUUUUUUUCUUUUCCCGAGUAUACUUGGAAAGAAUAAGUAUAUCCUGCAUCACAGCAUAAUUUAAAAACUUUAAUUCCAUAUCGAUGCCGUUUCAGUUUCAAAUAUUG